UCCCUUCUCAUAGUCACAGACGGAGUGGGUGAGCAAAACAAAGAGGGAAACAUGAUAAGCUCCACACCCUCUUCGCUCUUCCAUAACCGCCACACCCUCUCUCACUCCCUCUCUUCCUCCUCUAGAAAGCUCAGGCCAAGUACCUCUGAUAUUCACACCUUCAAUCUCACCUUCCCUACACUUCACUCCAGAAUUUCUCUCCAAAUAAACCAUGUUUCUUUACAAGAAACCCAGAGCCCAAAACUUGAAAACCCUCCAAGCCCAGAUGGCAAUUCCUCGUCCUCGUCCAAAAGCUAUAUCUGGGUCAAUCCCAGCAGCCCCAGAGCUUCACAGCUCAGGAAGAAAUCCUACGAUUCCAGGUAUGCUUCUCUAGUCAAAGCAGCUGAGUCCUUGAACUCUACUGGUCUAAGUGAAGGUGAUGUUAUCGGUAUUUUAAAGGGUUUAGGUGACAGGGUUUUGGAACAAGAUGCUGUGGUUGUUCUCAAUAAUAUGGUUAAUCCCGAAAAUGCGUUGCUUGUUCUCAAGUACUUUCAGCAGAGGUUUAAACCAAAGAGGGAAGUGGUUCUCUAUAAUGUGACCUUGAAAGUUUUUAGGAAGUGUAAGGAUUUGGAGAGAGCAGAGAAGCUGUUUUAUGAGAUACUUGAGAGAGGUGUUAAACCUGAUAAUGUUACAUUUUCGACUAUGAUUAGCUGUGCUAGGAUGUGUUAUCUGCCUGAUAAGGCUGUGGAGUGGUUUGAGAAGAUGCCUACUUUUGGGUGUAAUCCCGAUGAUGUUACCUAUUCAGCUAUGAUUGACGCAUAUGGGCGUGCCGGUAAUGUGGACAAGGCUUUUAGCUUGUAUGACCGCGCUAGGACAGAGAAGUGGCGCAUUGAUCCAGUGACAUUUGCAACGUUGAUUAAGAUUCACGGGCAAUCGGGGAAUUAUGAUGGGUGCUUGAAUGUUUACGAGGAAAUGAAGGCUAUUGGGGUGAAGCCGAACAUGGUUAUUUAUAAUACUUUGUUGGAUGCUAUGGGAAGAGCUAAGAGGCCUUGGCAGGCCAAGAAAAUUUACCGAGAGAUGAUCAGCAAGGGGUCUUCCCCAAAUUGGGUGACCUAUGCAUCUCUGCUACGGGCCUUUGGUAGAGCUCGCUAUGGUGAUGAUGCUCUGAAUGUGUACAAGGAGAUGAAGGAGAAGGGAAUGGAGUUGAAUGUCAUUCUCUACAACACCCUUUUGUCUAUGUGUGCUGAUAUUGGCUACACUGAUCAAGCUAUUGAGAUUUUCAAAGACAUGAAGAGUUCCGAAACUUGGAAGCCUGAUAGUUGGACAUUUUCAUCCAUGAUUACCAUAUAUUCCUGUAGCGGGAAAGUCUCAGAGGCAGAGAGGACGUUGAAUGAGAUGGUGGAAGCUGGUUUCCAGCCUAAUAUCUUUAUUUUGACAUCUCUAAUACAAUGCUAUGGGAAGGCCAAGCGUACUGAUGAUGUUGUCAGGUCAUUCAAUCAACUACUAGAAUUGGGCAUAACUCCUGAUGAGCGUUUCUGUGGUUGUCUCCUGAAUGUGAUGACCCAAACACCAAAGGAUGAACUAUCUAAGCUGACUGAUUGCAUUGAGCGGGGUAAUGAGAAGCUUGGAUAUGUUGUAAGACUUCUGGUAGAGAAGCAAGACAGUAGUGAAAACUUCAGGAAGGAAGCAUCAGAACUUUUUAAUUCAGUUGGUUCCGAUGUAAAGAAGGCCUACUGCAAUUGCUUGAUUGAUCUUUGUGUGAACCUCGAUCUCUUGGAGAGAGCCUGUGAGCUUCUAGACCUGGGCCUUACACUUGAGAUAUACACAGAUAUACAGUCAAGGUCUCCAACCCAGUGGUCUCUGUACCUCAAGGGUCUAUCUCUUGGGGCAGCUCUUACUGCAUUACAUGUUUGGAUUAAUGACUUGUCUCGUUCGCUGGAAUCUGGGGAGGAGCUUCCACCUCUGCUUGGAAUUAAUACAGGACAUGGCAAACAUAAAUAUUCAGACAAAGGUCUAGCGAGUGUGUUCGAGUCACAUUUGAAGGAAGUAGACGCUCCGUUCCAUGAGGCCCCAGACAAGGUUGGCUGGUUUUUGACUACCAAGGUUGCAGUGACGUCAUGGUUGGAGUCUAGAAGGUCACCACAAGUAGUUGCUGCUUAGGUUUUGGCUGUUUAGAUUACUGAGAAAGCUUGUUACACCGAUAUGUUAUGAAGAGAACAGGUAUGUUCUGCUUCUCAUUUCGCUACUUGUAUGAUCUGGAAUUUUCUCUCUUGGUAGAGAACAUUUUUGUACUAUUAGAUUCAACUAUCAAAUCUUCUUUCAUGGGUGCC